UUUCGUUGAACGGAUAAAGAAGUGUGAGAACCCCUCAUCAACUGUUUUUGAUCAGCAAAUUCAUUUCAGUGAGUAAACGGUGUCUUUUAUGAGUAAUCAAAGGCAGCAGAAGCCUACGCUAACAGGCCAGCGUUUUAAAACUAGGAAAAGAGAUGAGAAGGAGAGAUUUGAUCCUACACAGUUUCAGGAAAGCAUUGUACAAGGACUGAACCAAACUGGCACUGAUUUGGACGCAGUUGCAAAAUUCCUUGAUGCCUCUGGAGCCAAACUUGAUUACAGGCGCUAUGCAGAGACCCUCUUUGACAUCCUGGUGGCUGGUGGAAUGCUGGCCCCAGGAGGCACUUUGGCUGACGACGUGACCCGAACGGACUUUUGUCUGUUCACUGCACAAGAAGACCUCGAGACCAUGCAAGCAUAUGCUCAGGUAUUUAACAGGCUAAUCAGGCGUUACAAGUACCUGGAGAAAGGUUUCGAAGAAGAGAUUAAGAAGCUGUUGCUGUUCCUAAAAGGAUUCACAGAGUCUGAGCGCAACAAGCUGGCCAUGUUGACCGGCAUCUUACUGGCGAACGGGAACAUAUCUGCCUCAAUCCUAAGCAGUCUCUUCAAUGAGAACCUUGUUAAAGAAGGUGUCUCUGCAGCCUUUGCUGUGAAGCUGUUCAAAUCAUGGAUCAACGAGAAAGACAUUAACUCAGUUGCUGCCAGCCUCCGAAAAGUUGGCAUGGACAACAGACUAAUGGAGCUGUUCCCUGCUAACAAGCGAAGCUGCGACCACUUCUCAAAGUAUUUCACCGACGCUGGGCUCAAGGAGAUUUCAGACUUUGCUCGAAACCAGCAGUCCAUCGGAGCCCGCAAGGAGCUUCAGAAGGAACUUCAAGAGCAGAUGUCUCGUGGCGACUCAUUUAAAGAUAUCGUCGUUUAUGUCAGGGAAGAGAUGAAGAAGACCAACAUUUCAGAGCAGACCAUGGUCAGUAUUGUGUGGAGCAGCGUGAUGAGUUCUGUUGAGUGGAACAAGAAGGAGGAACUUGUUACGGAACAAGCCAUUAAACACUUGAAGCAAUACAGUCCUCUCCUGAAGGCAUUCACCUCCCAGGGUUUGUCUGAGCUCACCCUUCUGCUUAAGAUCCAGGAGUACUGUUAUGACAAUAUUCACUUCAUGAAGGCCUUCCAGAAAAUCGUGGUAUUGCUCUAUAAAGCGGAUGUUUUAAGUGAAGAGGCAAUCCUUAAAUGGUACAAUGACGCUCAUCUUGCCAAAGGGAAGAGUGUUUUCCUCGAGCAGAUGAAGAAGUUUGUGGAGUGGCUUAAAAAUGCAGAAGAGGAGUCAGAGUCGGACGAGGAGGAGACGGACUGAAGCUCAAAUCAAGAUUCUUCGUUUUAAAAUAGAAGUAGCAGCAGGAGUAGUAGAGCGUUUUGCUAUGGAAGUGCUUGUCUUUCUGUUUUUGUUUUUUUUUUUUGUUUGUUUUUUUCCUAUUCUACCUCCUGUACUCAAACUGUAAUGCCUACAUGUAAGUUAAGGGCUUUAUAAAAAAAAUUUCAUUUUAAACCUUUUUUAAUUGAACAAAAAUAAAGCUCCCUCUUCAUAAAGUGCAAGUCAUAAAUUUAUGAUCCCGUCUCUUAAUAGAUGGACUGUCUAUGGCUGCUUUCGGAAUUUAUUAUUUUAAUAUUUAAGUGUUUUUAGUUUUUUUUAAUUAACUUCUCACCCUAUAAUGAGUUAUCUGUGAAAUGUAUUCACAUUUUAAGGGAUUUUUAUUGUCUGUUCUGUUCAUUAUGCUUUUUUGCCAAAGUCACUUGAUGGGUUAAUUUUUUUUUUCCCCCCCUCUCUUGUCAUUAAGUUGAAAAACUAUGUUUGGAGAAAAAAAAAAAAAAAAGCCUGUCAGGUGGGUGUGAAAUCACCGUGGAACUUGUCAGUGACAAAACGCCAGCCUUUAAGUUGAUAUUUUUCGUUUUCUUUGUCAACGGACUUUUUUUAAAAAUAAAGUGAACAAAAUGCCCUUUUA